AUGAGCACAGAAAUUAUUAGUCCAGAUAUAAAUAAUAAUGAUAAUGGUCGUGCUGCUGCUGGAAAGUCUUGGCCAUCAGUUCAACCUUUGGCACAUCCACUCAGUUUCUCAUUCGACGAACCACAGGUGAAACCUUUUGAGUAUCCAUGUUUGAUGUGUGAACACGUCGAGUAUGAGAGUCGACCGAUUUUGGAACAUCUGUUUAACUCACACAAGAUUGUCAUUGGCGAAGUCAAUCACAUUGCGAAUCUCUCGGCGUAUCUCGGUCACUGGAGAAAGCUGAUGGCCGACAAACCGCUGACCACCUACACCUCGAUGAUUCAAGCGCAAUCCGACGGACCGGAUGCCGAGCCAACCAGCUACUACCUGCUUUCUGACAUCGUUCCCGAGGACCAAGCACUCCGCAGAAACCUGCAGACCGAGCGUCUGGCGUUUGUCCUGGAUCAGCAGCAUCACGAGCGUUCCGAUCCCAACUUUGAAUCGAUCUGCCCAAUGUGUCCUACGGAGUUCCGUGGCGAUAGAUCUGCGGUGUCCAGCCAUCUCUUUGAACAACACAACUUCAACGUUGGUUUGCCAGACAAUUUGGUGAAUAUCAACGAGAUGCUAGAGAUUCUCAGAGAGAAGUUCGAUGCCAAUCAAUGUUUGUUUUGUGAGAAGAUUUUCAAGAGUUCCAUCGUAAUGAAGCAACACAUGAAAAAGAAGAAACACAUGCGUCUCAACCCACAGAACAACAUCUACGAUCGUUUCUACCUCUUGAACUAUUUGGAGGCCGGAAAGAACUGGGAGCAAAUCAAAAAGGAAGACGAAGAAGAUACCACCGUCGAACCAGUCACCAAUAACAUUGAUAUAUUAAAACAAGUAGAAACUGAAUCAAAAGGACAACAUGUUUCUAAUAUUCAUAUCCUUACUAAUCAAUUUAACUACUUUUUAAUAAUAUUUAGUUCACAAUGGGAUGAUUGGACAGAAAAUGAUGAUGAUGAACAAGAAGAUACAGUAGUUUGUUUAUUUUGUCCAUCGCAAUUCGACGAUUCACAAGUAGCAUUCGACCAUAUGACUACAACACAUAAAUUUGAUUUCCACAAUAUAAGAAAAGAAUGGAAUAUUGAUUAUUAUGAAAGCGUUAAAAUGAUAAACUUUAUUCGUAGACAUCAAUAUGAAAAGACCUGUUGUUGUUGUGGUACAAAGUUUGAAAGUGAUAAACUGUUGGAAGAACAUCAAAAGGAUGAAGGUCAUCACAAGGUCGAUCGCCAAUUGGAUGUAUGGCGCGAUGCCCAAUACCUUUUACCAACUUACGAAAAUGAUAGUCUUUUGCGAUCGUUCGAAGACUUUGAUGAAAGCGAAGAUCUCGACUAUGAACAAUCGGAACACAAAUACAGAGAUGAACUGAUUGACGAACUUAAACAUGAACGAGAGGAGAUAAUGGAGAAGCUCGCAAGUUGCAAUGUGCAAAAUCUAGAUCUAAAACCAAUAAAUACAAACCGUAGUGUACUUCCUGAUGGUGAGUUUAAAGUACUCUAUCAUCUCAAAAACAUUUCAUAUCAAUCAUAUAAUUCAAAUCAUAUGAAAGCAAUAACACAUCAAAUUAUUUCAAAACAAAUUCAAAAUGUUCGUGUUGGUUUUGGUUUUGCGAUUGCCAAAUAA